AUGGAGCCAGUUAAUUUAAUGGAAGAUAGUUUUAACAUAAAGGAAUUUAUAGAUUCUUUCGAUCAUGUGUUCUCAGACUGCGACGGAGUUAUAUGGAGUAAAACACCAUUACCGGACGUGGGAAAGUUUUUUGAAAUAAUGACACGCCUCGGAAAAUCUCUUCACUUCGUGUCGAACAACAGUUUACGAUCAAGAGAUAAUUAUGAGGCUUUAUUUAAAGCUGCUGGCAUAAACAAGGGUUAUGAAAACCUCACAAUACCUUCAACUGCAAUAGCCUCUUACUUAAAAUCGUUGAAUUUCAACAAAACCGCAUACUGUGUGACUUGUCCUGAAACCUUUUCUGUUUUGAAGGCAAAUGGAAUUAAAUGCCGAGAAGGGCCUGACGUAUACACUUAUGAUGAAGAGAAUUAUAUUGAAUUCUCAACCGACGAUGAAGAGAUAGGUGCAGUUAUAUUCGAUAGUGACUUCAAGGUGAACUUGCCUAAGUUAUACAAAGCGCUCACUUAUUUGAAGCGGCCGGAAGUACUCUUCAUUACCGGCGCCACUGACAGAUACGUACCUUUGAAACAAGGAUCCUUAGCUUUAGGAACUGGUAUAUUCAGCGACAUAGUUAGUGAAGAAGCCAAAAGAAAGCCAACGUUAUUGGGUAAGCCGGGGAGGUCGUUCGGUGAAUUCGCUAUGAAACGAGCGGGCGUUACAGAUGCCAGUCGAGUGUUAUUUAUUGGUGAUAUGUUAGAUCAAGAUGUCGGCUUAGGUAAGGCAAUGGGCUUCAAAACGCUUCUAGUUUUAACCAACAAAACAAAAGAGGAAAUGUUGAAUCACGAGCUGAAGCCAGACGUGUACGCCGAUUCAUUAGGUGCCUUAGUUCCAAUUCUACUUAAAGUUUUUCCAGAA